CAACAGCAGCAAACAGUUAGUCAGACACCUCGGUAGCUUGCUAGACAACAGAGACGAAACAAUAAAGCUCUUUAGACGCUUUCAUAUAGCCACUGUGUUUUAUACCCACUUCUGUCGUCUAGUCCGUUAUCCCAUUUAUUUUAAAUGUUUACGUUGUUAUUAGUCAGCUAGCUGGCUGGUUAAGUUAGCGUUAGUAGUUAGCGUUAGCCUAGCUAGCUAACAUCUCCGACCAUGAGUUCACUAAACUACUCUCGUCUUGCUAAAGACUGGACGGAGGAAGAAGCUUCCCCUCCAGCUACAGAAGAGGAGGUCUGCUGGACGGAGAAAGAAGCUCUCGUUAAAGAGGAGAAGGUUGUUACAAUACAAAAACAAGUAGAUGAUGAGGCUGUUACAGUGAAAGAAGAAGAGAAAGACGUUUCAGUGAAAGAGGAAGAUACGUUCAGAGUGAAAGAGGAGGAGGAUGUUACAGUAAAAGAAGAGGAGGAAGACGCGUUCAGAGUGAAAGAAGAGGAAGAUACGUUCAGAGUGAAAGAGGAGGAGGAUGUUACAGUAAAAGAAGAGGAGGAUGUUACAGUAAAAGAAGAGGAGGAUGUUACAGUAAAAGAAGAGGAAGGUGCCGUUUUUGGAGUGAAAUUGGAGGAGGAGGAGAUGACUGUCACAUCGAAAAAGGAGGAAGAGGAGGAAACUGGAUAUCUUGGCCCGGCUCCCCAAAGCCAUCUUAAGGCAUCCAGUAUUGAUGAUGAAGUUAACCAUAAGGUGCUUUUGAAUAAACGGGUCCUGAUUAACACUAGAGAGAGACGUGACUAUCGUGGAUCCUCUGGGGAGCCUCAACAACAUCAUGAAGCUGACGAGGCAGAGAAGAGUCUGUCUACAUCAGAAAACCUCAAGAAACACCAGCGGAAACACACAGGGAAGAAAUCUCACCACUGCUCUGACUGCGGGAGGAGUUACUCAAGAUUAGAUUCACUAAAAGUACACCAGAGAAUUCACACAGGCGAUACAGCUCACUGCUCUGACUGUGGGAAGAAAUUCACCUCUUCAGCAGACCUAAAAAGACAUGAGAGAAUCCAUACAGGAGAGAAACCUUAUAGCUGUGAUCAAUGUGGGAAGAGAUUUACGCACUCAAGCUGCCUAAAGGUACACCAGAGAACACACACAGGAGAGAAACCUUAUAGCUGUGAUCAAUGUGAGAAGAGAUUUGUUACAUCUAGCCGUCUGACUAUACACCAGAGAACACACACAGGAGAGAAACCUUAUAGCUGUGAGCAAUGUGGGAAACGUUUUAAUGUUCGAAGCGGCCUGAAAACACACCAGACAACACACACAGGGGAGAAAUCUUUUAGUUGCUCUGACUGCGGGAAGACCUUUUCAAAAUUAUAUACAUUAAAAUUACACCGGACAAUUCACACUGGGGAGAAACUUUAUAGCUGUAAUCAAUGUAGGAAGAGUUUUAAUCACUCAAGCUUGCUGAAGGUACAUCAGAGAACACACACAGGAGAGAAAUCUUUUAUAGCUGUGAUCAAUGUGGGAAGAGAUGUGUUACAUCUAGCAGUCUGACUAUACACCAGCAGACACAGGAGGCAUAUCAUACAGCAGUGAUCAGUGUGGGAAAAUGCUUACAUCUAGCAGUCUGACUAUACACCAGAGAACACACACAGGAGGCAUAUCAUACAGCUGUGAUCAAUGUGGGAAAAUGCUUACAUCUAGCCAUCGGAAUAUUCACCAGCAGACACAGGAGAGAACCGUUGUAGCUGUAAUCAAUGUGGGAAGAGUUUUACUCAGCCAAACGUCCUGCUAUCACACCAGAGAACACAGGAGAGACACCUCGUAGCUGUGAUCGAUGUGGAAAGAGUUUUACUCAGCCAAACGUCCUGCUAUCACACCAGAGAACACAGGAGAGACACAUCCUAGCUGUGAUCGAUGUGGAAAGAGUUUUACUCAGCCAAACAUCCUGCUAUCACACCAGAGAACACAGGAGAGACACCUCGUAGCUGUGAUCGAUGUGGAAAGAGUUUUACUCAGCCAAACAUCCUGCUAUCACACCAGAGAACACAGGAGAGACACCUCGUAGCUGUGAUCGAUGUGGAAAGAGAGACGCUGGUAAAGUAUCUCUGAUUAAACAUCAGAGAAAAUACAUACAUGAAGGAGUUGUUUCAUGACAUCAAUACGAUGAUGUCACAAUGUAGAAUGUUUUAACAUUGUAGUAGGAGUGUUCUAAUGAUGUCACAAUGUAGAAUGUUGUAACAUUGUAGUAGGAGUGUUCUAAUGAUGUCACAAUGUAGAAUGUUGUAACAUUGUAGUAGGAGUAUUUUAAUGAUGUCAUAAUGUAGAACCCUAAACGUUUGUCUCCUGUUCUAUUGAUUUCAACUUGAUAUCGAAAUGAGUGAUGACAAAAAUGUGUUGCGUUUCUCUUAGUUUUAGCGACCCCUAAAUUUACAUAUUCUAAAUUUUAAUGCAUCCCUCCAAAAUGUAGCUGACUGUCUUCUGCAGGUUGUCCUCUAACCAGUGAGGUAAAAGAUAUCUCCCAUUUCCAUGUUUUGUUUAAUAGUUGUGUUAGUUUUAACAGCACAUACAACCUGAUUUCCCCCCUAAUCGAUAUCAGUGAUUUAUUGUUGUUGUUUUUGGUGUAAUCAUGUAACAUUUAGUAAUCAUAAUUAUUUAUGCAACCAACUGACAUUUUUUUUUGUUUACUAACAAUGUAGUAAGUAAAACUAGCUUAUAUUUCUGGUUGGAUAUUACAUCCUAUUCUUGCCAUUUUAGUCAAUGUCAUUUCCUUAGAAUGAUCAUUAGUCUUUCAGUUUUUAUUGUCAUUCCUAAUGUUUGUUGUGGUGUAAAUAUUUAGUGUAGUUUUUAUUUGUUUGUUUUUUCCUGUGAAGCGCAUUUCGUUGCGUCCAUGUCUGAAAUGUGCUGUAUAAAUAAAGCUUGAUUUGAA